AUGGCAAGAUUCUUUCAAUUCUUCUGUUUAAUACUAUUUGUAUUGAUUUUUGCGACGUCUUCAGCGAAUAAAAAAGCUCACCCAUCGGUAGGAGUCAUUCGAUGGGAUGCCUGGAAUUUGUUCGAUGGUCAAUACGAUCCCAUCUCCUUCUAUUCUCAUCGAUGUCUCAGUCCCGAAAAAUUUCAUUAUCGCCUACCAUUUUUUGCAACAGUUCUUUCACCUACCAACACUUCGUAUAAUGAAGAUAUGCAGAGUAUAAUGGAUCAAGAGAUACUUUAUGCAAAACAUGCAGGUAUCGACUAUUGGGCUUUCGAUACAUAUUGUGCAUAUAGACCGAACUGUACGACUAACACUACAUUUUGUGCAGAAUAUUUACAGAUUGCACCUCAUUAUUGUCCACGAAAUCCUGCCUAUGGCCUGCAUCAAUAUCUUUCCAGUCAAUAUAAUUCGUUGAUAAAUUUUACACUUCUUUUGUUAGGUUCUUCUCCUUGUGAUCCUACUUUUCAAGCCAGUUAUCUUGAACUUAUGGUACUUCCUCAAUUUCAAACUGUAUUUGGAGGACGUCCACUUUUGUAUUUAUUUCAAUUCACUGAGGUAGAAGCUAAGCUUUGCGGUGCCGGAUGGUCUGGAAGUCGAGAUGUCUUCAAUAGAUUUCGACAGAUGGCUAUUAAUCGAGGUGGAACAUGUUUGGAUUUUUCGAUUGGACUCAAAAAUCCAUACAUGGUUCUGAUGGAUUUCAAAGUUCCAACUGUGCAAGCUCAUGCCAAUCUUCUUGGAUUCGAUGCAAUCUCAAUGUAUACCUUACCAGGUGGUACCACUGAAGUAAGUAUACUGAUCAGGAACAGUCUCGACUAA